CGCCCCGGGCCGGCCCCGCUGGGCGGCUCCGGUCACAUGCGCUCGGGGCGGGCUCCGGGGUAUAAAGGGCGGCGGGGAGGAGCGGGGCGAGCCCGGAGCCGAACCGAGCGGAGCAGAGCCGACCCCAGCCGCCAGCGCCCCACCAUGGCCUCCAGCGAGCCCACGCCAGAGCAGCCCAAGGCGGAGGAGCAGCAGAACAUCGGGACACGCGUGGCCAACCUGCCCCUGGUGAGCUCUGCUUACGACAUGGUGUCCUCCGCCUACUCGUGCACCAAGGAGAGCCACCCCUACGUGCGCUCCGUCUGCGAUGCGGCCGAGAAGGGCGUGAGGACGCUGACAGCGGCAGCGGUGAGCGGGGCCCAGCCCCUCCUCACCCGGCUGGAGCCCCAGAUUUCCACCGCCAACGAAUUAGCCUGCAAAGGGCUGGACAAGCUGGAGGAGAAGCUGCCCAUCCUGCAGCAGCCCCCCCAGAAGAUCAUCUCGGACACCAAACUGCUGGUGACCUCCACGGUGACAGGGGCCAGGGAUGUGCUGACCAGCACCGUGGCCGGGGCCAAAGAUGCAGUGUCCAGCACCGUGGCCGGGGCCAAGGAUGCAGUGUCCAGCAAGGUGGCCGGGGCCAAAGAUGCAGUGUCCAGCACUGUGGCCGGAGCCAAGGAUGCAGUGUCCAGCACUGUGGCCGGGGCCAAAGAUGCAGUGUCCAGCAAGGUGGCUGGGGCCAAGGAUGCAGUGUCCAGCACCGUGGCUGGGGCCAAGGAUGCAGUGUCCAGCACUGUGGCUGGGGCCAAAGAUGCAGUGUCCAGCAAGGUGGCCGGAGCCAAGGAUGCAGUGUCCAGCACCGUGGCCGGGGCCAAGGACGCUGUGAGCAGCCGAGUGACCGGUGUGAUGGACAUGACCAGAGGGGCAGUGCAGGGUGGUGUGGAGCUGACCAGGUCUGCGGUCAGCAGCGGCGUUAGCACCGUGGGCCAGAUGGUGACCAGCGGGGUGGGCUCCGUGCUGGGCAAGUCCGAGGAGCUGGUGGAUCAUUACCUGCCUAUGACGGAUGAGGAACUGGCCAAGCUGGCCACGGCCGUGGAGGGCUUCGAGCCGGAGCAGCAGAGGCAGCAGCAGAGCUACUUCGUGCGCCUGGGCUCCCUCUCCACCAAGGUGCAGCACCGAGCGCUCCAGCACUCCCUGGCCAAACUGCAGAGCGCCCGCCAGAGCAGCCAGGACCUGCUGGCCCAGCUCCAGCGCACCCUCGACCUGGUGGAGCAACUGAGGCAGGGCGUGGAUCAGAGGCUGCAGGGCGGGCAGGAGAAGUUGCAGCAGCUGUGGCUGGAGUGGAGCAAGAAGCAGCCGGGAGGUGGCAAGGACCAGGUGCCACCGGAGGCGGUGGAGUCGGGCACGCUGAGCAUGCUGCAGGGCUUGAGCCAGCAGCUGCAGAGCUCCUGCCAGCCCUUGGUGUCCAGCCUGCAGGGCCUCCCCGCCACCGUGCAGGACACGGCGGGGCAGGUCCGGCACAACGUGGAGGAGCUGCGGGCAGCGCUGGCCUCCGUCACCUCCCUGCAGGACGUGACGGGGCCCGUGCUGGCCCGGGCCCGCGGCCACGCCACCAAAGCCCGGCAGCUGAUGGACGAGCUGGUGGAACGUGUGGCCUUCAACACCCCCUUGACGUGGCUGGUGGGACCCUUCGCCCCCUCGGGCAAGCGCCCCGUGGAGAUGGAGUAGCAAUUCUGGGCUGCUUCCCCCCUCCCCUCUGCCAAAAAAGCCUCGUUAAAGCUUUGCUAAACUCCCCCCUCACCCCUCACCUUGUGCCUCUGUGGGGACCCCGCUGCCUGUCCCAGCUCUGUCCCUUGUCCCCUUGCUGGGGAGCUGCAGUUGUGUGCCCCAAGUGCCUGUUGGGGGUCCCCCAUGUCCUCAGUGCCUUCAAACUCCCACCCUUGUAAGCCCAAAACAGCACAAGAAACAAUAAACUGGUUAGUUUUGCA